GCCGACAGAAAGAACAAUCUUGGUAGAAACACAAAAGCAUAUGUGCAGGUCUUUGCGAUAACAUUGGUUUGCUAAAUUUUGUCUGAUAAGAAACACCAAAACCAAAACCAAAAAGAAAGUUUGGAUCUGUUUUGUAAAAGAAGAGAUAAAAUGGGUGUUGUUACUGUUCCUGAGUCAAAGCAAAGUGUCUCUGGCAAAAAAGCAUUUCGCCCAAGUUCAAGCAUCAGACACACUCCUCAAUGGCCGGUCUCGGACGUUACGAGUGACUUGACCAUAGAAGUCGGCUCUGCAAGUUUUUCACUUCAUAAGUUUCCUCUCGUCUCUCGGAGUGGAAGAAUCAGGAAGCUCCUUCUUGAAUCAAAAGACACGAAGAACACUUACCACCUCAACCUACCCGGAGUUCCCGGCGGGUCAGAGGCCUUUGAGCUCGCAGCGAAAUUCUGCUACGGCGUCGUUCUACAGUUCACGUCGGCAAACAUCGCGUCCUUGCGAUGCGUGGCUCAUUACCUGGAAAUGACGGAGGAGUUAUCAGAGAAGAAUCUUGAGGUGAGAACAGAGGCUUACCUGAAAGACUCGAUCCUUAACGACAUCUCUAACUCCAUCACUGUUCUUCACUCUAUCGAGAAGCUACUACCUGUAGCUGAAGAGAUUAGUCUUGUCGGAAGGCUCGUGAACGCCAUCGCUGUGAACGCUUGUAAAGAACAGCUCGUCUCUGGUUUGCUCAAGCUUGAUCAGAAGUUUGAGAGGUUGGCCCCGGAGACGGAGAAACCUUCUGAUUGGUGGGGAAGGUCUCUGCUCAUCCUCAAGCUCGAUUUCUUCCAGAGAGUUGUCUCCGCCAUGAAGUCCAAAGGUCUGAAUCAUGAGAUCAUCAGCGAUAUACUGAUGAGCUACGCUCGUAAGUCACUGCAGAUCAUCAGAGAACCGAGUCUCGUCAAAGGAAGUGUGAUUCUUGAUUCGGAUCCGCAGAAGAAACAAAGAAUCGUCCUCGAAGUGAUCGUUGGUCUCCUCCCGACACAAGCCAACAAGAACUCGAUACCUGUCUCGUUCCUAUCCACCUUGUUGAAGACAGCCAUAGGAUCCGGAACCUCUGUCUCCUGUCGAUCGGAUCUGGAGAGAAGGAUAAGCCACCAGCUGGACCAAGCGAUUCUCGAAGACAUCUUGAUUCCUGCGAACGUCGGCGGCGCCAUGUACGACACUGACUCGGUGCAACGAAUCUUCUCCAUGUUUCUGAAUCUUGACGAGUGCGACUACGAAGACGACGACGACGGAGAUGUGGUGGACGAGAGCGAGAUGGCUAUGUACGAUUUCGAGGGGCCUGAGUCUCCGAAACAGAGCUCUAUCUUCAAGGUCUCCAAGCUAAUGGAUAGUUAUCUAGCUGAGGUGGCUCUCGACUCCAACCUCCCUCCUUUGAAGUUCAUAGCUCUCGCUGAGCUUCUCCCGGACCAUGCCCGCGUCGUCUGCGAUUGUCUUUACCGAGCCAUUGAUAUAUUUCUUAAGGUUCAUCCGAACAUGAAAGAUUCAGAGCGUUACCGUCUCUGCAAGACAAUUAGCUGUCAGAAACUGUCUCAAGACGCAAGCAGCCAUGCGGCACAGAACGAGAGACUUCCUAUCCAGAUAGCUGUUCAAGUCCUGUUCUACGAACAGACGCGGCUCAAGAACACGAUGACCAGUGGUGGUGGUGGUAGUGGUGCAUGUGGUUCGAGUCAGAGCCAGUUCUUCUUGUUCCCGGGACAGUUUCCCAACCGUUCAGGAAGCGGGAUGGCAAGCGGGGCGAUUUCGCCCCGGGACAACUACGCAUCCGUGAGAAGAGAGAACAGAGAGCUUAGGCUCGAGGUUGCGAGGAUGAGGAUGAGGCUGACUGAUCUCGAGAAGGAUCAUGUUUCGAUGAAGAGAGAAUUCGUGAAGCCGAGCAGAAGAACACGUUAUGGACUGUUUAGGAAGCUCUCUAGAGGUCUGAACAAGUUGAACGCAAUCAUGUUGAGAUUUAGAAGAAGCCAAAGUGUUGCCGGUAAUGGUAAACAUACCGAGGAGAAGACAAACUCGGAGAAACGCUUCAUGUUUCAGAAGAGAAGGUGUCACUCUGUUUCUUGAAUUUGUUGUUUCUGAUGCUUUUGUUCUAUUCCUAAAAGAAGAGAGAAGUGUGUGUGUGUAUGUGUAAAUUUGUAAUUUACAUAUAAUAUAGGGAGCGAGUUCAUAAUAGUUUUUGGACUUGUUGGGAUAAAAAUCUUCUGGAUCAUUUCUUUGAAUGAA